AUGGACGACGAUUUCGGUGCCGACGAAGACUUUCUAGCAGCCCUCGCAUCAUCGAACCCAGCUCCUCCACGCCCCCAAGCUCAACCGCCUCGUCCUCGUCUUCAGCAGCCCACUCCCCAGAAAAUCCAGCAACCGACGCCGCAGCGUCUGGACAGAGCGCCGCCGCCCAAUGCCUCGUCCAGUGGCAAGGUCGUUCAGCCUACGCCGCAAGCUCUUCCCCAGCGAGGAUCCGGAUCUGCCAUUCUCGUGUCUCCUCGCCAAAGGGGCAAUCCAGUGCUCGCUUCGUUAAAGUCGAUGCCAUGGGAAUACAGCGAUAUUGCGGCUGACUACGGUCUUGGUCUGACGACAUGCGCGUUGUUUCUGAGUCUGAAAUACCACCGCCUUCAUCCCGAGUACAUCUACACGCGAAUACGAAAUCUGCAAGGAAAAUACAACCUACGCAUCAUGCUGACCAUGGUUGACAUUCCGAACCAUGAGGAGGUACUGCGCGAGCUGUCCAAGACGUCACUGGUCAACAAUGUCACCAUCAUCCUCUGUUGGUCGGCUGCCGAGGCCGCCCGGUACCUCGAACUCUACAAGUCGUACGAGCACGCCAACUUCAGCGCCAUUCGCGGCCAACAAGCAUCGACAUAUGCUGAGAAGCUUGUCGAGUUCGUCACCGUUCCCAGGAGCGUCAACAAGUCAGACGCUGUCGCACUGGUCAGCAACUUUGGCAGCUUGAAGAACGCCAUCAACGCGGACCCUGAACAGAUCGGCAUCAUUGCUGGAUGGGGAGCUGUCAAGGUCAAUAAAUGGGUCAGGGCAGUUGAGGAACCCUUCCGAGCCAAGAAAUCUGCCAAACGGCAGCUGGAUCGAACUGAAAGCAGCGAGGGUGGAAGACCGGCGCAGGUAUCGAGAUUGGAUCAAGCCGUGCCUCUUAGCAGAGUCCCGCUGCGCGAAAUGGAGUCCAUGAGAGGGACGCUACGAGGGUCACACGCGGUUGACAGGCCAGCAAGUAACCAGGCGAAGAGGCCCGCGCAGUUGGAGAGGGGCAAUCCGGACCUAGACGAAGACGACGAAGAGGCAAUGAUUGCCGCUGCCAUCGAAGAAUCGAGGCGGACAGCUGAGGCACAAGCCGAAGCACAGACACAAGCGCAAGCGGAAGAAGCUGGCAGUGAAGGCCCCGAGGGCAACUCGCUCCCUGGCGGAGUUGCUGCAGCACUCGCGAAGUUGCGAAAGCAGGGCUGA